CGGAAUGAAUAAAAUAUAUUUCAUAUUCUUUUUUAUCUUGAGUAUAAUUUUAUCGUCAACGCUCUUAAUAGCCACAGAAGAGAAGUUCUCUGAAUAUGAUACAGGAUAUGAUGUACAUCAGAUAGCUAAUAUAGAUGAACAUAAAUCAGCGCAUAACCUUAAAAAAUUAUAUUAUAUUGCCCAUUCUAAUUUUGCAAGGAAAAUAAGGCAAGUCAAUGAGGAUAACGACCUUAAAGAUCGUCGGCAAGAUUUUACAAGAAAACGCAGGCAAAUUAAUGACGAUAACAACCCGAAAGAUUAUAGGCAAGAUUUUACAAGAAAACGGAGGCAAAUCAAUGACGAUAACGACCCAAAAGAUCAUAGGCACGAUUUUACAAGAAAACGCAGGCAAAUCAACGACGAUAACGACCUGAAAAAUCAUAGACACGAUUUUACAAGAAAACGCAGGCAUGAGGAAAAGAAUCUAAAAAUAAUAAAUAAACAACCGCAAGGUUUUAGGAGAUCUAAAAGAUUCUACACUGAAGCUGUCAAGCCAGAGGGCUAUACUGCUGGAGCCUAUGAGAUAGGGGUAACCGCUGAAGCAGUUAAGCCAAAGAUACACGGUAAGAUUCACAACGCCUGGAAAGCACACUAUGCUCACUUAAAGGCAUGGUGGAAAUCCCACUACAAGCGUUGGUACAUCUGGUGGAUGAAUAAAUAUACUACUGCUUUUAAGCCAUCAGGGCAUGCUGCGGCGACAGGCGUCUAUGGCGCUGAAGCGGAGACAGGAAUCUAUGGUGCUGGAGUUGCGGCUGAAACUGUUAAAUCAGGGGUCUAUGGUGGUGAAGUUAAUCUAGAUACCCAAGCUGCUGUAGUUGCUAAUCCAGAGAUUAAAAUCGAUAUACAUGCGGACUGGAAAGCACAUGUAGAUUAUUUCAAAGCCUGGUGGAAAUCUUACCACGAUAGUUUAAAAGCGUGGUGGGAGAAAAAAUGGAAAUAUUGAAAAUAUGCUUUGAAAACGCGAAUUUUAUAGAAUAACUGGAAGCUUGAAUUAAAAAAA